AUGGCCCAAGACACCCAAUUGCCAUCGUACCAGGAUGCUGUCAGCAGGCUCGACUGGCUUGAGCUUGUCGCACCAUACGUUGAGUACAAGGACUUCUCCAGCCUUUGCUCUGUGAGCAGGCAUUUUUAUGCAAUAUUCGCUCCCCGCCUCUGGAACGACCCGUUGGUUGCCGUCCGCCGAUUGGGACUGGAUCCCAGCGACGACCUUAGCUGGUACCUCACUUUUGCUUUCGAUCGCGUGCAGCACAUUAGACAGUCUACCCUGUCCCUCAUCACCACCCUUGACUUCCGUGUGUUCGCCAAGGACACCGCCCACUUCCACAAUACCAACAGGACAAUACCAGAGACCCUGCGUUUAUUACCUAGAGUACUUCCAAACCUUCGGUGUAUUUUGUUGGACGGUCACACCGAGGCCGACCCGGCCACUUUGAAUGCGGCCCCAAAUUCGGGGGCGAAGCCCCCGCUGUUGGUGCUGAGCAUGGCGCACUGCGAGGCACAGCUGCCGUCGGCUUUUUUCACCUCCAACGUCCUCCAACACCUCGUCUAUCUUGAUGCAUCCGGUCUUCCGGGCUCCCUGCAGCCGCUGUUGGCGGCAGCUCACGGACGUCGCCAUCUGUGCCAUCUGAAGGUCCUCAAAGCAAGACGUCGGGAGAUCAACGACGGGCUUGCUUUGCAGCUUUUCCAAGCUUUCAAAGGCAGACUGUGGAGCUUAGACCUCAGUGAGAACAACAUUACCGAUGCAAUCAUUGACGAGUUCGUCGCAUUUUGCUUCAAUAGUCCCUCGUUACGGUCUCAGUCCCGGUUCAUGGCGGAAGGUAAACUGUCAUCCGACGGCCACGGUAAUGACUCCCACGGCAGAUUCGUCUCUAUCCAUGAGUCUGACUGGAGCGGCACCUUCAAACACCCGGAGCGACACUUCGUCGAUGCCCCAGUGUACUCCGCCGAUGCGACUCGGGACCUGCAGGAGGACGAAGCAGUCCGGCCCAAUGGCAGUGCGCCAUUAAGGCGAGACAUCGCGGAUCACGUUAAGGCCGCACUCGCAGGAAGUAUGGAUCGGCCGGUACCUGCUUGGGCCGAGGUGCCGCAUCUCGACGUCUGCACUGCGCCCGCCGGGAUCACGCAUCUGCACAUCUCAGACACGCAUAUCACCUCUGCAGGCGUUGAGAGGUUGAUCAGAAGCUCCCAAGGCCAGCUCGAAGAGCUGUCUUGCGAUGGCCUGGCCUUCCAACCCGUGCAGCGAUCUGAUGCGAGGCAGUCGCUCCCAUGGCCAAAGGACGUGCGGCUAUCCGGUGUCUUGGGUUGCUCGCACGUGUUCCGACCUGUGUUCUCGUCCAAUCUGAGGGCUCUUCGGGUUCACCAUUCGCUUGUUACCCAGAUACCAACACUGGAGGUAGAGGCCUUCUCAAAAAUGGCGUGCAACUGGCUGGCGGAGACCACCGUCCGGGAAAGGUCCGAAAUGGCCUUCUCUCAGGCGUUUGAGCCAGAUAUGAACCCCCGACUGACAUCGCUUACCUUGACUAAUAUCCCCCGCCGGUCAAAUGGGCCUGUAAUUGAGAUCUUGGUGCAUUUCCUAAAACUUUUGGGUUUACAAGAGCGGGCAAUACAAGAGACGUCGUCGUCGUUGUCGGUGUCCAUGUCCUCCACUCGGCGUUGCCCUGCACUGCUCCGCGGCGUCCGCCAUCUUCGUCUCGAAUUUGAGGCUGAAUCAACAGAGGACUCCGCAGGGUUCUCGACAUCAGACGACCUAGAUGCCGGGGAUCUUCUGGACGGAGGCGAGUGCUUCAGCUUUUUCAGCGACGAGCUGCAUCAGCCCCGCCCCCAAAACGCCACCAAAAAGCAAGCGGCAGACGUCGAGGCCACUGCCAUGCACCUGGCUGACCCGGCAACGGGCCGCUUUACUUUCUUUCCGUUCAGUGAGUAUGAGGGUGAAUACAUGGACUUUCCCGAUACAUGGCAUGGGCAAUCUUUCCAACGAAAAGUCUGGAUUGGACCCGGUGUGCCGGCUCCCGCCGCAGUUAAUGAGUAUAUGAAGUUAGUACAACACUCAGUGCUCAGAACCAGAGUCGGUCCCGCAACACCUGACCACAUCAAGGCGGGGGUUCCACCGGGCGCACUGCUCUUCCAUGCCGCGUGGGACGCUAUUGUCAUGCCACCGGAGCUGAAGCCUCCGAAGCCCGCAGAACUCCACGGAAUGCGGGAUGUUCUGGAGGCGAUAAAGAAAUUCCGGCUCGAGAGCAGGGCUGAAUACGAGGCAGCAAAGAAGGCGGCCGUUGAAGGCAUGGCUGGAGUUAGCAGACCUCUCCAGCAUUCCUUUUGGUCCGGAAAGCUCGAAGUUUCUAUUCAGCAGAGCGUGGCACACUAUCGAGCGCCAAAUUACUGGCGGUAG